AUGGAUGCCUUCGAUAUUCGAAGAGCUGAAUUGCUUCACUCCACGAGCGAUUCGAGGGACUGGUAUCUCCUGAAUUCCAAAAUAUGCGGCAUUCCUGUAGGAAAAUUCAUGUCGAGUAGCCCUUUGGUGUCAAGCUUUCCAAAAGAAUUUAACACAGUGCAACUCUCGAAUCUUAAAAAUGGCGGGCACUUGGAUCGACGACUAGUUCACAAAGAAGAGGUAUUCAUAGCCUCUUCUUUCGGCGUUGUUUCCGCGAUACUUCGGCAAAAACUAAAAGCGGGCGAAGAAAAAAAGUACAGUUGGUUGGUUGAUGGCAUCAACAGCCUAAAUAUUGGCCAAGAUAAUGAAGAUUGCCAAACAGCGACUGACACACGUGACAACAACAAGGACAAAAUUCAUGACCCUGUACAAACAGUAUUUGGAGUCGAUUCAAGGUCAGCCAUAUCCAUAGAGGAUAUCGAGAAGAGUCAAGAUGAAAAUCUUAAGCUUAAGGCUGAACUUGAAGUUGUGCUUUCCCAGUUAGAGGCCCUUCGAGAUGAGGUGAAAAACGGCGGUCAAUCGACGCUGAGCUCAGGCACACAGGACCCGGCAAAGGACAACCCGGACAGUACAAGCGAUAUGUGGACCUUGAUCGGCGAUGUUUGCGAUAAGUUCCAGGUGCCUCUUGCAUCUUUAUUCGCCGAUCAGGUGGACCAGAAUGUUGAAGUGGCUGAAGUGAUGAGCGAUAUCGCAGAACAGCUGCUGAGAAAAAAAGGCCCGAAGCAAGCCCUGGAAGCAAUACUGGGGGACAGUGCCCCAAAAUUCUUUCAAUCCCUUCGUGUGCCCGAUUGGACGUUGCUUUACUUCAAGCUGCAGUCCCGGAUCCCAGACCAAGGAUGGCAAACCUUGUUGAACUUUACAAAGUUAGGGCGAACUAAGACGAAAUCUGACAUUCCACUUCUUCUGAACAAGAAUCACUUAAAGGCUGUGCGCAAGAUGAUUUUUCAUGUUGUAAAAAAGGCAAUGGGCAUCUGCCCCUUGCCAGAUGGAGCUCCUCGGGGAUAUCAGGUUAACCUUUCUGCUGCAGUGGCUUGGGCAGCAAGGGAAACAAGACUGCAUCAGUCUGACCAGCAAACCCUUGAGCUUAAUCUUAAGCUAGAUGGGAGACCAUUUUUUGGUAGGCAGCAAGUCAUGAUAGGUGUGGUUCCUAUCAAUGUCAGUCAUGCAUCAAGUGAGAGCUGUAAAAGUGUCUACCCUAUAGCAAUUGCAAAUUGUGAGGAAAACAGGAUCAAUGUUGAAGCCCUAAUAAAGGAAAUCAAUGCCCAAAAAAAUACCAUCAAGAAAAAUGGAAUAACUAUUGAUGGAAGACACUUUAAAGUCAAAUUUACAGUUACGCUUGAUUACAAGGCAUUGAUAAUGCUUAUCAAACGAAAGAGUGAAGAUAAUGAGUCAGAUGAAGAAAUGGAAGGUCUAUGUCAGAGAGGGUUGGACACAGAGUGCUGUGUGUUCUGUAAAGUUAUACGGGGAUGUGCAUGUCUGGGGGUUGAACGUGGUGAAUCCUGUGCAGAAUGCUUUAUCAAGAGCAAGGCAAAUGUUGGAGGAUGGAAGGGUGUUAGGGAUGACUUGCUGUUUCUCCUUGAAGAAGAGUUGUGUGAUGUAAACCUAUGCACUCUUCAUUGCGAGCUGCGGAAUACAGAGCAGUUGCUAUGUUCACUGGGAAUGUUUGCGUAUGAGUGUGGGAGUCUUAAAAAUUGCAAUGCUGUUUUAGCCAAGUAUGGACCAGACAGUAUGAAGGGAAGGGACAGAAUCGUAGUAAAGACAAAGCCUGGCCAGGAAAGUGGUAUUGAGCGGCACAACAUUCAAGUGUUGUCAUUCUCAGGUUCAACAGAACGCAGGUUUCUUGAGAACAUUGAAGAAAUUGUCACCCAGUCUCUGCCAUUAGAAAACCUGAGAAGGUUUUUUAAAGACAAAGAUGUUGCUGAAACAUACUUAUUAAAUCAGAUUACAUUCUGUGAGGAAAUGAUCCAGCACUACACCAAACUGGACGAGUCAGGAAAGUUUUUUAGAGAUUGGGGAACUCACACUGACACACUUGACAUUGCCAGUACAGGUCUGCUACAGCAGGAGUUAGAUACUAAGCUACAGUUCUGGAAAACAAAACAACAGGAAGUUGUUGCAAAGCUGUCCAUUCUUCGAAAAAACAAGAAGUACCCAAAGGAAGUCCAGAAUUAUGUUGCUCAGUAUCAACAGGAUGCCUACAAAAAUGUAAGUGAUGUAAUAAGUUUUAAUUACAAGCAAUGCUUACUUGAAACAAACAGGAACCAUGACAACUCUUUAGCUAUUGCUUUAUCUGGCAGAUGGCAAAAGAAAUCUGCAAUUCAUUUUACAAGUUCACUGACCAGUUACCUUGUUGUCAUGGCAAUCAGCGAUGCCAGAAAGAUAAUCAUAACUUGUUUUCCAAAAAUGGGGUAUUUAUUUGAUACAAUUAUUGUAGCAGCAACUUUUUAA